CGCAGGCCCAAAAAGCACAAAAAUUCCCCAGCUUCAACCCGAGGGCACGUCUGUUCUUCAAACUUGUCAUUCCGCUUCGCAAGUGGCAUAUUUCCUCUAUUUCGUCACUCUUUCGUGUCUUUGGCUUCGUCAUGGUAAGAUUGCGGCAAUAAAAGCACCGUGCUGUGCGCUACUCUUUCACCCUCACUUGCUGCUAUGCGGAUCUUUCUCCUCCCACUGACCACGCGUCAAGCCUUGAUCUUUUGCCAACGCGCAGCCCCGAAACCUCAGGCGCAGUUGAGCAUAUCUGAUCGUAUCACCAAAAAGGCAGCCGAGACAUGGGCGCAGUGGGAAACUGCACAAGGGGGAUGGAGGAAACAGAUUGUGAAGUACGGUAACCAAGGUCUCCAGCGAAUACCCUACCAGGAAUGGGGACUGAAAAGCUUUCCUCCCUCAAACCCCAAGCUUCAAGCAGAGCAAAUCACCAGGAAUGAAAAGUUUGAUGUGGUAUAUCCUGGGAACGUGAUGCACAAAGAAGAUGUUCCAAAAGUCAUGGCAAGGCUGGCGCGAGAGAGGAAACAGUUACACUGGAAUCGAUUCAUUGGGAGCAUGGUGGGCAUGCCAUUUACAGUCCCUUUCAUUUUGGUGCCAGUAAUUCCCAACAUCCCCUUCUUCUACCUUGUUUACAGAUGCUGGUCUCAUUGGAGAGCCCUGAAAGGCUCUGACCACCUGGAUUUCAUUGUCGACCACCGAUUAUACCGGCCUGUCUCCCCUCCGGAACUCGAGGAUCUGUAUGAACAAGUGGCUCCCGACGCGCCCGACUUCAAGUUCUUGACCCGCACUCAAAUCCUGGAUGGUAGUGCUCCACCAGAGCAGAUCAUUUUGCCAGCAGACAGUCACAACGUUGUGGCUAAAGCGACUGGUGUUCCAGAAUUGAGCGGCGAGAUUGAACGAGCAGUAUGGCAGAUUCAGCGGCAAUUCCAACUGGAAAAAUCCAAGCAAGAAUCAGCAAACCCUAAGAACAACCAGUCCGUCGACAACAAACGAAUGUAAAGCCCUGCACUCGUGUUGGAGAUGCGUUAAUUGAGCCUCGAGAUUACAGCCUUGGCUAGCAUGGAUCCUGUUCCUUGCUUAAUAACAUCUGACUCACUGUAUAUUAUAGAAUCAAAUGCUUUAUUGAAUGGACCAUAUGCUUGAGCUUACAAAUGUGGCC